AUGUCUGAGCAGUCAAUGAGACAUCGUUUUCUCAGUCUCCCCACUGACCAGAAGUUGAGAUUAGACAGAGUACCUUCCCCUCAUUCACACUUGACACCAGUUCCAAGUUUGCCUUCAAGUGCAAUUCUGGAUUUCAAUAAUACAUCAAUAACUGUCACAGGUGAUGAUUUUGAGGAUACAUGUGUGCUAGGUGAAGGAUUCUUUGGACGUGUAUUUAAAAUGCGUUUAAAGUCAACAAAAGAUUCAUUUGCAGUAAAAAAGAUACCAUUUUGCAAUUUAGAUCCACAGAAUCCAGAUAUGAUAGCAGAUUUAGAAAUAGGAAAAUUACAUCCACAUCCAUUUUUAUUACGCUCUUUUUGUGCAUUCACUUGUGGAGAUGCUGUUUGGAUUUUAUUAGAGCUUAUGGAUAUUUCAUUAGAUGUACUGUUAAAUAAAGUGAAAGCAUGUAAUCAAUACAUUCCUGAAAAUGUUCUUCAACAUAUUACUUUUUCUAUUGUCUCAGCUUUGUAUCACUUAAGAUACAAUAUGAAUAUGUUACAUCGAGAUAUAAAGCCAGCCAAUAUGUUGGCUAACAAAAGUGGUGAAAUAAAGUUAGGCGAUUUUGGUACUGCUGUUACCCUCUCCAAUUGUGAAACUUUAGCUGAUGUUGGAUCAUGGCGUUAUCUAGCUCCUGAACGUGUAAGCUGUGGACCAGUAAAAAGUUGUGGAGUAAAAUCGGAUGUUUGGUCUUUAGGCUUAAGCAUUUAUGAGCUGGCCACUGGAACAAAUCCGUAUGAACCACCAAGGGAUCCAGUGGAUGCAUUCAAUCAGAUUGUGAAUCGUGAUCCUCCAAGUCUUUCUGGUGACUUACCUUAUUCAAAUCAUUUAAGAGAAUUUUUAAAUAUGUGCCUUAUUAAAGAAGUUGGUGAACGUGCUGAUUACAAUGAUUUACUAGUAUCAGAUUUUAUUCGAUCCAUUGAUGUCAAUUGUUAUAUGUUAACAACUGCACAAUUUUUAAGUAAUUAUAUUUCAUAG